AUGUCUCAUCUCAAGAAUUACUCUUAUCAGAAACAAGGAGUGUGGAACAGGGACAACUACCAUUACGUCCAGGCGGUCCGACUGGGCGACGUCAUCCAUCUCGCUGGGCAAGGAGGCUGGGACACCGACACUGGCGUCAUUCACAAGGAAAUUGGCAAGCAAAUUGACCAGGCAUUCGCCAAUGUCGACUUUGCUAUCAAGGACGCCGGGGGCAAGGGAUGGGAGCAGGUCUUUCGCAUCAACACAUACCAUACUGAUCUGAGCGACGAGGUCCAGGAGCAUGUAGUUCGCAACUUUCGCAAGUAUAUGCCUGUUCCUCAUGCCACGUGGACUUGUGUAGAGAUCAGGCGGCUAGGGGGCGGACCGGAUAUGCAUAUCGAAAUUGAGGUUCAGGCUCAUGACCCUGAGGGUGCUGCAAAGGCCAAGGCGACAUAG